AUGGCUUUUGCAGCCCAUACCCCCGAGGCUCUUCUGCCCAGAUCCGACUCGAAGAAUCCAGCGACUACGUGUAAAGGGAUUACUGCCAAUGGAAGACCCUGUAGAAGGUCUCUCGGGUCUUCACCGGCAUCGUCCCCGGGCCCUUCUCCCCUGAAAGGUCGGGGCGUCCUUGCUGUGCUUCGUGAAGAACAAGAUGAUGGAAAUGCAGCGGCAGCAUUCUACUGCUGGCAACACAAAGAUCAAGCGGAGAAGAUGGCCAACAGCGAGCAGAACCAUACUGAGCUGUUCCCGCUGCAAGAGAGAACCAGCAUUGACACGCUUGUGGACCGCGUUGGAGUAAUGAACCUUGAGGAAGACCUUGCGCCAACAGCGACACGUCAGAAGCGGAAAAAGAAGAGAAAUGGCGCUUCAACAGCAAGGCCAAAGCUACCAUCUGAUUGGCAACAUAUGCAGGGACCACUGAUGAGCGUCCCCAGCGAUAUGUUGAGCCCGGCCGCGCACCCGAAGCAACAACGGCGAACGAAGCAACCUAGGUCAAAUGUUAAAGCCUCUAUACUUUGCUGCGUGAGAGACGUGGGCGAUGACGAACAAUCGUCGUCUUCUCACCACUCCCAAGAUGCAAGCAAUGUACCGCCAAACCGUGUCGUCGAGAUUACGCAGAAUAACAUGGUGCCUGCCGUGCAGCCUGCUAGGCUAUCAGCACAGACUCCUUCGCCAAUGUCACAACGACCCAACCCGUCGACACCGGAUCGAAGAUCAGCUCUUUCGCCUGGCCUGCGCACCCCUACAACGCCAACACGGCCAAGCAUGCUCACUACACCCCAAUCCACUGGCUCGCAAACCCAGGGCCUGUUGUCCCUUCUCCCGCCUCAUCUCUCUCCGCAGACAACAUCGAUCCUCCUGAACGAGCUCUCGAAGCCCAUCUCGGCCGCCGACGCGGAAGGCUACAUCUAUAUGUUCUGGCUGACCCCCGAAUCCGACAGCUCCAAACCGGAUGAUGACGCUGCCUCUGACCUCCUGGAGGCGCCUACAGCUUCCCAACCACAGAGCAGGCGCAAAAGCGACGUCCUCCAACGUUACGCCUCGCAACGAAGAGGACCCACCCAACCAAAGACCGUCCUCCUCAAGAUCGGCCGAGCAGAAAACGUCCACCGCCGCUUAAGCCAGUGGUCCAAACAAUGCUCGUAUAACAUCACCCUGAUCAGAUAUUACCCGUACAAACCUUCUAGAAGUCCUCCGCAGUCUGACCGGUCCGUUCUACCGAGGAAAGUGCCGCAUGUGCAUCGCGUAGAAAGACUGAUUCAUGUUGAGCUGUCGGAGAAGCGCGUCACCGAGCAGGGUGCCUGUGAGAAUUGUGGGAGGGAGCAUCGUGAGUGGUUUGAGGUUGAAGCGAGUCGGGAGGGGUUGAGGGCUGUUGAUGAGGUUAUCAGGAGGUGGGUUGGGUGGGCGGAGGGGCUGGAAUAG